AUGGAGAUCAGUCCCAACUGCAGUGCCGACUGCGACUCUGGAUCCUGCUUCAUCCAUCCUGCGGUCAACAACCAACAGAGCCGAGACGUCCUGCUGAAACUCUGCACUCUGUCCACGAGGGUUGUGGAGGUACAGAGCAGAUCUUUGUCUCCGGUUCUGUGUGCCGUGGUUUGGACGCUGCUCUCCUGUGGGAUCCUCCUGGCGUUCCUCUUCCUCAUCUUCACCAUCCGCUACAAAAACAACCGAAUAGUGAAGAUGUCGAGUCCGAACCUGAACAUUCUGACCCUGUUGGGGAGCGUUCUGACGUACACCAGUGGAUUUUUGUUUGCUGUUGAGGACAGAUCACCUUUACUGGGAACGGGUGCACGAGCGGUGCUGCAGAUACGAGUCUGGACGCUGUGUAUCGGCAGCACUCUGGUGUUUGGACCCAUCCUGGGGAAAACGUGGCGCAUCUACAGGGUCUUCACCCAGCGCAUGCCCGACAGACGAGUGAUCAUUCGUGAUGUACAGUUGAUGGGUUUGGUGGCUCUGCUGGUACUGGUGGACGUGGUGGUCCUGGCUGUGUGGGGUCUGACCGACCCUGUUAAGUGUUCUCGAUCGGUCAGUGCUGUUGUCAAGGUGCUUGAGUUUGAUGUUCGGUACACGUUGUCCCAGUUGGACUCCUGCUCCUCUUACUACACAGACUUGUGGUUUCUUCUCCUUUCUGCAGUAAAGGCCAGUCUGAUGUUAUAUGGUACAUAUCUGGCUGGACUGACCAGUAACGUCAGCCUGCCUCCAGUCAACCAGUCCUUGACCAUUAUGGCUGCUGUAUGUCUGGUCAGUGUGUCCUCCGCUGUGGUCCUUCCUGUCUGUCGUUACCUGUACGCGUGGCCCAAUCUGGUCUGCGGCGUGAUGUCUGGAUCCAUCUUCGUCUGCACCACGACUAUCAACUGUCUGAUGUUCGUGCCUCAGUUGACCGAAUGGAGGCAGUUUGAAGAGGAGUUGAACCCUCACGCUGGUCAGAUGGCCAAGUACUUCAGCAGCCCCAGCCGAAGCAUGCGCUCGCUGUACAGCGAGGACGAGAUCUACUACCUGCUGGGAGAAAACAACUCCAUGAAGAGGUUAAUCAGCGAGAAAGACGCAGUGAUCGACAGCCUUCAGGAGCAAGUGAACAACGCCAAGGAUAAGCUUCUGAAGCUCAUGUCUGUGAGCCACCUGCAGGACGAACGAGAAAUGAACUCCUCAACCACCAACCUUAACUCUUCCUCCACCCAGACCACAGUGGUCGCCCCUGAGCCUUCUCCUUCUCCUCUUCCGAUCAGAGAAGAGAUCACUCUGUCUGUCGCUUUCCUGCCUCCACACUAUAAGCCUCCUGCGGCGAUCCCGUCUUCGUCCUCUUCAGCCUCCGCGUACGAGACGCCUCCUGAAGGUUUACCACCGGCCACUCCUGCUCCUUUCUCGCUGCUACGAGCGUCCUGUACUGUUCUGUCCCCUCACAGUCCGGAUGAGGUUGACCGUACAAGUAUGAAAAAAUUGGACUCCACGUACACGCUGGCUGCGGUCAACCCAUCAGUGGACGUUCCGGUUGACUUGCAUACAAACCAGGGUUCCGUACCUCUUCAUCCUUGCUUGACCAGUCAAACCCCAGGAGACGGAGCAAGCUCAGUGGAAGAGACCGCUGUUCCAUCUUUGGUGAGGGGAUGUCGACAGGGAUUCGUCAGCAGCAAGCAUCUGCAGGAGAUUCUGCACGAUUUGAGCGUGGAUGCCGUGAGCAGCUCGCGUAGAUCACCGGCCGGAGCGAGAAGACCUUCGAAUCCCGUUCACAACGAUCCCGCCGUAAAAGCCGUCGACAGCUUCUCCGCCGUCCCGCCCGAUUCCCCUCCUCUGCAGUUCUACUUCCCCAGCAUCUCGCCGUACAUGAUGAGAAAGCGCAGACCUCCCUUCAACUCCUGUAAAAACAACUCACCUCCCUACUACUACCCGGGCUCGGCGCCCCCCGGCCGCAGGACGAACCCCAAACCGACUUUAACGCAUUCUCAGCCCCUCGGAGAAUCACACAAUAAACACGAUGAAGGAACUGAGGACCAGAGAUGGACUGAAGGCUCUGAGGCACGGCAUGAUGUCCAGUCACGAUCGCGCAGACGAACUCGUAGAAACUCUUGUUCUGGAAGACGCCCAAUAAGUCCUUCACCUCGUGACGGGCGUGUGGAGAAAACUGGAGGCGUAGAUUCUUACGGAUACUCGGACUCUGAGUCCAGCAGCUCGGAGGAUUAUUGCUACUACCACCGACCUUACUGCGAAGCCUGCAGACACAGUCCGUCACCCUCCAGCAGCUCGGAGACCUCCGACAGCGAGUAUGAGGAACUCUGCAAUCCCUCCCACCCCGUCGUCAACUUUAAAGAGGACCUGAAACCCACUUUUGUCUAAAUAAUGAGGUUAAAUGAACAUGUACAAAGAAUCAGCAUCUACUCAAAGCAUCAGCCAUCCAGCGUAAAUCUCUGGAUGGGAAGAGCAGCACUUCUGCCUUCCAUGUCAAUCAGAGAUGUUUGUAAGCUGAAGUUCAGGCAUGUUUGCAUUUCCAACAACCUCCCAAACUGGUAGCACUAAAUUGGGAAAGAUAAAAAACUAGUUUGCAAAU